GUGGCGAUGGGCGCCCGUGAGCCGUCUAUGUGACCAACAUCGAGUCCAUGGUAGAAGAAGACGGUGUGUCAGUCGUUAGGAAUAGUGCGAGAGACAGUGGUAGUGUAAAGAAUUGACGUUUUAAACAUCCUGUUAGUUAUGUUGUAUGUUUAAUUGUUUCUGGUAUACACUUUAUGGUGCGGUAGCAUAGCAUUGGGGCUUUUAACGCAUUGAAUAUUUUUUUGUUUCUUAAUGAGCUAGCUAUUUAGCUCUUUAGCUAGCUUAGAUGACUAGGCUGGAUCUCAAGAGAUCGAAGAACACUGCCCAGUUAAAUACUUAAUAAAAAGGCAGCUACGCUGUUGACACCAGCAGACCAGCAUGUCUGUGUUCAGCACUGGCAUCCUUGUGCUUACCACUCCGCUUCACACCUUGCCACUGCGCAUCGCGCCCGUCCUAAGCUCGGCUGCUCAGGUGGUGGAGCGCAUCCUCUAUGUGCAUCUGCAUCCUGGGCUCAACCUGGGUAGCGUGAGUCAAGCCAGACCAGCCUAUAUUCCUGCUGUGGCAGAUGUGUCCAGCCUCAUCACAAGACUCUACAGCAAUGCAGCAGACGUUUGUGGACAUCUGGAUGUUCGAGUGCUGCUGACGAACAUUAGGGCCCAGCAGUGUCUGUUAGGACCAGGGGGAGCCAGUAACCCCUUCCCUUCCCCACAGACCCUCUCGCACUCCCCAGAGGUGGUGUUGACUGAUUUUGCCUUGCAGGACCCAAACCAGUCCUCAGUGGUGGCCCAGUGCCUGCAGAAGUAUGCAGGACACUGCUAUACCUGCAGCCCAGGGCUGGCUUCGGUGCUCCUGCACUCCCAGCUGGAGUCUCUGGUGAAUGAAGUGGAGCAGGGAGACGCUGAGACGGCACAGGCUGAGCCCCUGCAGACCUACAGCGACGUGGUGGUGGGAGGCACCUUCGACCGGCUUCACGGGGCACACAGGACGCUGCUCAAUGUCUCUUGCCUGUUGACCAAUAGGCGCUUCUUGAUUGGGGUGUGUGACCAGGACCUGCUGAAAAACAAGGUGUUGAAGGAGCUGAUCGAGCCCUAUUCUCGGCGGAUAUGGAGGCUCCGCGAGUUCCUACAAGAUAUCAAGCCCUCGCUGCAGUACGAAAUUGUGCCCCUCUCUGACCCGUUCGGCCCCUCUGUCACUGACCCCCAGCUUCAGUGCAUCGUGGUGAGUGAGGAGACCAGGAAAGGGGGUGAUGCCGUCAACAAAAAGCGCCAGGAGAACGGUCUCCCCACCUUGGUGUUGCACGAGAUUCAGCUGCUCAAAGAUGCUCACCACAGCGAGAUAGAGGAGGAGAAAAUUAGCUCGUCCAGCUUGCGUUGUCGUCUCCUGGGCACUGUCCUUAACGCUCCUGAGGACAAGCCGUACCUUCCUCCCAACCCCUACGUAAUUGGGCUGACGGGGGGCAGUGGCAGUGGGAAGAGCUCCAUCGCCUGUCGUCUGGAGGCACUGGGUGCUGUCCGCAUUGAUAGCGACCAGUUGGGCCACGAGACCUACUGCCCCGGGACAGCAGCAUACCAGAAGGUGGUGAUGGAGUUUGGGACAGAUAUUCUCAAUGAAGAUAAAACCAUAAAUAGGCGAUGCCUUGGCAGGAAGGUCUUUGGAAACAAGGACCGAUUGAAAGCCCUCACUGACAUUGUGUGGCCUGAGAUAGCGCUUCUGGUGAAGCAGAAGAUCCAGCAGGCUAGAGUGGAGGAUAAGCAGGUGUGUGUGGUGGAUGCCGCAGUGCUGUUGGAGGCUGGCUGGACAGACAUGGUGCAUGAGGUCUGGGUGGCCAUGAUCCCUGAGGAGGAGGCAGUGUCCCGGAUCACAGCACGGGACGGGGUGAGCGUGGAGGAUGCCCGCCGGCGGCUGCAGAGCCAGUGGCCGACCGUCCAGCAGGUGGCGCAUGCCAAUGUUGUGCUGUGUACUCUUUGGGAGCCUGAUAUCACGCAAAAGCAGGUCCAGAAGGCCUGGGAUCUCCUCCAGGAACGCCUCAGCCAGAGGGGCAAAGUCCGCCCUACACCCCCGGUGCUGUGAAUUCAUCCUGGUUCAGUCCAGCCCCUUUUCCUGAGCCCGGUCACAUGUUGAUGACAACUCAGUGCAUAUUCAACAGCAUGAGGACCACGUGUGACUUCAGCAUCAGUGCUGUCUGCAAGAAGACAUGCGUCCACCGCAUGGCAUCACGGCUUUUUGUGUUCCUUCCUGUUAUAAUUCCUGAUUUUCUUAGCAGGCUUUGAACGUCACGCAUUUAUACUGUUGAAAGUCUUGGACCUUGAUUUAAGGUGGGUUAAGAGCCGAACUCUUCUGGUCACUGCGUCGGCUCUCCUUCAAGCUGCAGCCCGAAUGGCUUGUGACAAUGUGCCUGAACUUCAAAAGAGCUGAUUAGUUUUCCUCUUUUUAAUCAAUAACCUGGAGGAUUACCGUGCUUCAGGUUGACCAUUGUUGUUCAGUUGUAUUUUGUUAUCCAUUGUUUUCCCCCUUCUCUACAGUUUAUAUUUGAAAGAACAUAUAUGUUACAACACGUCUACAUCAUGCUAAAAACACUUAAAAUGUUUGGUAAAUGUGAAUGGUAUAUUGAAUGUAUUGCGUUACUUUUAGGUUGUAUAACUGAACUGUAUAUGAGAUUCAAAUUCAGACCAGAUAUGACUGAUCAUAUCUGGUCUUUGUAAAUAACUAUAAUUUUAAAAGGAUUACUUAUUUCCGAAGAAUACAGUACUAAAUAAAUUUAAGCUAUUCUCCCA